AUGAACUACAAAGUGACCUUCAGGUGGCUGCUACUUGUGCUGGGCUUAAAGGUUGUGAAUCAAGUCCUGCUGCUGCUGCUAGUCCAGACCUGGGGUCACUUAGCAAGAGUCCAUUUGGCUGCUUCUGCUGGAAGCUUCCUAUAUUUUGCCAGUUUCUUUCCAUUUAAAUCCAUUGUUGGUAAGUAUGGACAGAUAACCAUCAUCAACAAGGUAGCUGCCUGUCUCAGCUCAAAUGUUGCACUGGCACUGGGGCUUCAUCUUCUGCUCAAUUUAGAAAUAAAGGGAAUUGGUCUUAACUGGAAUAACCUUUGGACACCGGCCAGCCUUGAGGAUAACCUCAUAUUUGGCUAUAUGAUGGGGAUGCUUUUACUUGAUGCUUUCUUGUAUGGCCUUGUGACAUGGUAUGUAGAAGCUGUCUUUCCAGGACAAUAUGGUGUGUCCCAACCAUGGAAUUUUUUUCUUAUGCGUUCAUACUGGUAUGGCCCUCCAAGAAUUAGAAGAAAAGAGGAAGACAUGAAAGGCUAUGGAAGAACUCAAAGCAAAUAUUUUGAGGCUGAACCAACUGGUUUGGUGGCAAGUAUCCAGAUCAAACAUUUGCACAAGAAUUUCCCUGAUGAGUGGAGUAGGAACACCCUCCCUUCCCUCCUCCCUGAAGAGACUCCACAGCUGCUGCCAUUGCUGCCAUUGCUGCUCCUCUGAAGGUCCCGGAGCUCCUGGGAGGUCAGCUCGGUGCUGCAUCCUCACCAACUCCUCCCCAUCACCAUCCCCCUCCAAGCCAUGGACUUGCCCAGAGACACAGGCUCCUCUCUCAGCCCUCACAGGCUCUGUCAGCAGCAGACGG